AUGGGUGGAGAGGAUGAGAGCAAGAUGGAUCACAGGAAGAGAAAGAGGAAUAGAACUAUACGGAGCUGUGUCCCGUGUCACAACCACAAGCGAAAAUGCGACCGACAGAGACCUUGCUCGAGGUGUACCGCUCUGGCGUUGACAGGGUCUUGCGUAUAUGAAGUGGAUGAGGCGAGAGAUCAACAAGACCCCUCGAUCGCAGAGGAAGACCGACUCCGGCGUCGAGUAGCGGAACUGGAACAGGUCGUACGCGAGCUUCGCCAACGCCAGCCUCCCAGAACUGCUGCGGCCGGAUCAUCUCGAUCACGAGCGACCACCCCCAUACUCAACAUUAGCGACGCGGACGAGGUCGACAAGGUCGGCCAGGACAACAAGAAACGGCGGGUGAUUGUCGACCGGUACGCCAGAUUCAAGAUUGACGAGGCGGCGAUGGCAGAAGUGGCUGCUGCAGCUGCUGCUGCCGGCGGCAUGGGCGUGGUACGGGACAAACGGAGCGCAUCAGACGGCGAUACCUCCAUGGCGAAGGCAGUGGGCAAAGAGUACAUGGGCGAGCUGUACAAGACCAGCCUGUUGCCCGGCGAGGAGAUUGUUUUCGAUCGGUCGGGGAGGAAGACGUUCCUGGGCGCACCGGCAGGGAAGAGCAUGCUCCGAAGGGCUCGAAGCGUUGCUCUCGAAGGCGAAGAGGACCUGCUCUCGGUCCCAGACGAGUUGGCCUUUACAGGCUGGUUUCCCGAUGUGCGCAAGACCUUCCCCUUCACCACUAUAUGGAGCCACGAAAACUUCAGCGGCGAGAUUAUCGGUCUGCUCCCCAACAAGCAACAAGCUGAGCUACUCCUACAGAGCUGGCAUGACGAGAUCUGCGCCUUCUUCGUCGCUUGGCAUACCCCCACUCUCGAGGCAGGAUUUCGCCGCUUCUUCACCAUGACGACCUUGGAAAAGAUGAACGUGCCGCUCUCGAGCUUAUCGGUGUAUCUGAUGAUCUGCGCUUUAGGUAAGCUUUCAGCUAGCACACAGCUGAGUACAGGCUGCGUCGUGAGGGCAUCGAAAUCUGAAAUCUUUGGUCAUCCCGAUCGGGCUGUAGCCAUUCAGGCCACAAGUAGAGGGCUCAUGCCCGAUCGUGACCCCAAGGAUCUCACUGCGAGUCGUCUCCAGAGCGAACUAUACUUAUCCGCCUCAUACCAAGCGCUUCGACUAUGCUCCUUCAUGUCAAAUCCCACCAUAUACACAAUCCAGGCGCAAAUCCUCAUCAACGUCUAUCUCCUCAACUCCGAGCGGGCAGCAGAUGCCUGGAGUCAGAUCGGCGCGCUGGUGCGGCAGUGCAUCGCGAUGGGGCUGCACAAGGAUCCACUCAGUCUGGACGGCAAGAUAUCUAUGAGAGAUGCGGAGGUCCGGCGGAGGAUCUGGUGGACCGUAGCUGGGCUCGAUGCUCUCUUCUGCGUCUCUUUCGACCGGACAGACGACAAUCUCUCCGAAGUGCCCGGCUCCGCCGCGAUCUCCCUCCCACCGUCAAAUGUGCUCAACAACGAAACCACCGACAUGACCUAUCAUGCGGCUUACUAUCAACUCACGAUCCCCUCGCUCGAGCUGCUGGACCGCAUCUUCCGGAUCGAGUGGAAUUACUCUCGCUCAGCGAUAUACGGCUGGUUCUCUCGCCGCCCGGACUCGGAAAGCGCUACCAAGGAGAAGGAUGAGCAGGUGGGACACACCUACGAGGACGCGAUCCGGCUCGCGCAGGACAUCUUGCAGUGGUACUCGCUUGUCCCGCGCCACAUGCGUUUUGAGUCAGAAGAGGAUACAGCGGAGAGCCUGACGGGGACGAGGAGUACGAUGAGGGUCAAUCAGACACUGGCCUUGUGUGUCAAGACAUUCAUGAUAGUUAUGAUCCUGCACAGACCUUAUCUCCGAGCGGAUCCUGCUGCGUACCCUGAAUCCUCAGAGAUAUGCUUUCGGUCAGCCAAAGUCUUGCUGGCUGCAUAUGCCGUCGGAUCCAAGAGCAAAGCUAGCAUCUUUUGGUCGUGGUGGACCAUGUCCUUCAGGGCGUUCCACGCUGGCGCCGUCUGUGCCUUCCUAGCGAUACGAGAACCAAAUACCGAACUCGCAACCAACUGCUUGGCCAGCCUCCGGGGAGCCAUUGCCAUAUUCGAAGACCGCAUCUCGAGCUGGAACAUUGCACAUCCUGUACAGGCAGAUCUCUGCCAUGGUUUGGUCAAGUUGCAGAAGUUGGCUGUGGCCGCCACCCAACAACGUCGCAGCCCUUCAAACGCCUCUACUGCCCAGUAUGGCACGACCAUCCAUCAUUCACCUCUGAACGACUUUCGAAUGGGUCAGGGGAGCAAUUCGGACGGCGCGCCCGAACGUACCACAACACCCUUAUCCCAGAUCAAGGGCUUUCCGGCUAUAAUCCCACCCUCGGUCUCGCCCAAUCUCGGACAUCCCGCCUCCGGUUCGUCGGGUCACACCGAUCUCGGACCUCCGGCAGUCAAUCCAGCAGCAUACACAAGUCUCCAGACCGAUCCGUACGGCCUCCUCGGAGACGGUUUCAACGGGCCGGAACAGCUGGCGUACCCGCAGAUGUGGGCAAGCAUGUUUGGGAUUAAAGUGGACAGCGGGGAGCUGUCUGAUGUGGACAUGGGGUACGGCGGUGGAGGUCAGGCAGUACCGGGUCACACGGCGCAAACGGGUGGGAUGGGUGGAAUGAAUGGAUAG